ACAGAGUCCAUGUGAAUGCAAUCCUGCAACUUGUCUUGAACUUGACCACUUCCUACUGCAAACCUUGAGCUCUCAAGCAUAUGAAGCAGGACCUUGAAACUGGAUCUCUCUCAUAACGUGCCUAAUCAGCGCCGGUCACUAAAUUUCAAGCCACCGGGUCGUCCUUUUCUUUCUCUUUUUCUCUUCUUUUUUUUUGGGAGCACACUCAACGGACAUCAUCUCCUAAUUGGAUCCGACAAUUGCAAGGACAAGAGCUUACUGGGGCUAGUGCAGCGCCACUAUGGCUGCCCCCACCAGUCCUCCUGGGACCGCGUCUUUGGGGAGACAGGACCAGACUAUGCUUCUCUUCGCUCGCCUCAUGGAAGGCGGCAAAGAAGAUGAGGAGACUGUGGCAGACAUGGGCACCUUGACGAGGCUCCUUAAUGAAGACGCCGAGCUCACCAAGAAAGGGGAACUCUCCAUCACCUCGGUCAUCGAUGGCGACUGCGUCGACACCAUUGCCUGCUAUCUGGACAUGAGGCAGCCCGAGAUUGUGCGCGCUCAUGCCACGCUGUGCACAUCGGCAUACCUCAAGGCCGCCGGCGAAGACGGGAACAAGAAGCUGUCAGACUUCUUCUACUCCAGAGUUCGUCGUGGCACCUACGACGACUACAUUGUCGCUUUCUGCGUUGCUUCCACCAUCUUCCCCAUUGUGCCUGAUCUCACUUCGGAGCUGUUCCUCAGCGAGGGCUUCCUCUGCACUCUUGGCCCGCUUAUGAGGCGGAAGUGGAAGAGCAGAAAGGUUGAGACGGCCUGUCUGGAGAUGCUCAACGCCGCCUGCAUGCAUUCUCAAUGUCGAGAGGCUGUCCAGAAGUACUGCGUGGACUGGCUGGAGGAAAUCGUGGACCAAGACCCCGAGGACGCCAUGAAAGCCAUACAUUCCGCCGACCCCGACCUACGCGAGCAGGAGGGGUCCAUCUCCAUGAGACGGCACUCGCAACAUGUCCAGAACCUCGCCGCAGUGGUUCUGGCCAAGCUCAGGGCAGUUCCAAUACUAUCAGCAGGCAACCAAUUAAACCAAGACCCUGAGCCUAGAAUACAGUCGGCAACAACCAGCAUCGAGGACCUGUCCAACAGGUUCACCAAGAUGCUCGUCGAGGGUCCCGAACAUGCCUCAUCAUCGGUGGAAGGGCUAGCGUACGCAACUAUUCAGUCGAAAGUCAAGGAGGAUCUGGCUCGAGACAAGGAGUCGCUGAAGCGACUCGUCAAGACACUGGAGGCGGCCCCUCCGAAAUCAUCACUCACCUACGGCGCUCUCAGCAUCUUCGUUAACUUGACUAGGUACCAGCCCGUCGAAACCGAGGAGCAGAAGCGGCUCAAGGAGCUCAAGGCAUACGCGAGUGCCGCCGUGAAGCUGCAACCCGACCCCCUGAACGACGACGCGCAUGUGGCGGAGCGCUGCAAGCGUGUCUUCGAAGCCGGCAUCACCCCGGUUCUCGUCACACAUAGCAAGCAAGGCUCGACCGCAUCACUAUCACUCAUCAUCUCCAUUAUCUGCUCACUUUCAAUGACACCCUCCCUCCGCGGCCAACUGGCUCAGCAGGGCGCCGUCCGCCUGCUCAUCGCAGCCUGGACGGCACUUCCCCAGACAGAAGACAAAACCCGUCGCACAGCAGCCCAAGCCCUUGCCCGCAUCCUCAUCUCGACCAACCCGGCCCUUGUCUUCCGCCAGACGCCGCAAAACUCAGCGAUCCGCCCCCUCGCAUCCAUCAUCGCGCCAGAUCCCAACGCAGAAACGCGCGACCUCCUCCCGACCUUCGAAUCCCUCUUGGCCCUGACCAACCUCGCCUCCACCGACAACGACACCCGCGCCACCAUCGUCCGCGCCGCCUGGGAUGACAUCGAGGAGCAGCUCUUCAACAGCAACCCCCGCGUGUCGACGGCCGCCAUCGAGCUGGUCUGCAAUCUAGUCCAGUCGCCCGAGCAGGCCAACUCGCUCUUUGGCGACGGCACCACCCGCGCAGAGAACAGGAUCAAGGUUGUGCUGGCGCUGGCCGACGCCGAGGAUGACAAGACGCGGAGCGCCGCGGGCGGGGCGCUGGCGAGCCUGACGGGGUUUGACCCCGCGGUCGUGCGCGGGAUCCUGGCGCAUGCGAGGGGCGCUGGGAUCGUAUUGGGUUUAUGUCGGGAUGAGAGCGAGGGGUUGAGGCAUCGCGGCGCGGUGGUGGUGCAGAAUAUGAUCUUACAUGAGGGAGAGGUGGGCAGGCUGGCGAGGGAGAAACUGCUUGCUGCCGGGGUGGUGGAAGCGUUGACUGAGUGUGCAAAGAAAAGUCGGUCGGCGGAGGUGGUGCAGGCCGUGGUGGGUGCUUUGGAGGUGCUGCUUGGGGGGAAGUAAGCGGGCCCGGUUAUGUCCCCAAUGUUGUUAUUCUCUAGAGGGCGCGGGGUGCAAGAGGGAGCGGCGGCUAUUCUCAACGAUGGCGGUUCUCAAACACAUGAGGAGCCUUCACUUUCCGGAUGAAGGCUUACUGCACCGAAUUUGCUGGAGCAUCUGGAGGCAAGUCAUGAAUAGAUAGGAGGCCGGUGAUAUCAGUUACCAGGUUGCUUUUUUUUACAUGGUAGAUAGAUGGGACGCAACUUAGCUGUAGUGACGAUGACAUCACAGCUGGAUUCAUGCCAUAUCCAAGCACGAAUAACCAC